CCGCAGUGCCACCCAUCCUGGACCCUCCAGGCCUGAGAUCCCUCCGGGGCUGACUCAGGCCUCAUCCUCUUAGGUCCCCUGACCCCCAGACUCCCCCUCUGGGGCAGCCCUGCUUAUAGGGGGGUUCCCUUCUGCAGUCGAGGCCCUGGGGGAUCCCCCCACAGCUCCUCCAACCUGCUCUGCACCCCCCCAGAUUUUCCGUAGCUAUGAGGGGGCGGCUGUGGACUUGACCUCUCACUUCACCCUGCACACUGCCCACGUCAUUUGUGACCUCAUCUUCGGGCCUAUGAUGCCAUCGGAGGCUGAGAUCCGGGACUUCACAGCCUGCAUCACGGAGCUGGUGCAGCUGUGGAGCUGCAUCUCCAUCCAGGCGCUGGACACUGUGCCUCUGCUGCGGAUUCUGCCCAACCCAUCCCUGCAGCGACUGCUGCAGGUGGUGGAGAAGCGUGAUGCCUUUGUGCGGGCCCAGAUCCAGCGGCACCAGGAAUCUCUGGAGCCAGAGAGGCCGCGGGACGUGGUGGACCAUCUGCUGCUGGCGAUGGGGGACCUGGGCCCCGAGCGGCUGCACAUGGCUCUUGUUGACCUCUUCAUCGGUGGCACUGAGACCACGGCUGCGCUGCUGGCCUGGGCCUGCGCCUUCCUGGUCCGUCACCCCGAGGUGCAGGACAGGAUCCAUGCAGAGCUGCAGGACGUGCUUGGCCCCACGGCCCCCCUGAGCCCCCGUGACCGUGACCGUCUGCCCCUGCUCAGCGCCACCCUGAACGAGACCCUGCGUCUGCGGCCACCUGUGCCCCUCGCCCUGCCCCACCGCACCACCCGCCCCACCAGUGUGGCCGGCAUGUCCAUCCCCCAGGACACCAUUGUGAUCCCCAAUCUCUUCGCUGCCCACCAUGAUGAGACCAAGUGGCUGGAGCCAGAAGAGUUCAGACCAGGUAGAGGGCUGGAGUGGGGAGAGGGGGUUGGACUGGCCACCGGACGCCUGGGUACGAGGAUGCCUGGUUCCUACGGAUGGCCCCUCACCCGGACACCUGGGUUUCCACCGAUGGUGUUUCCCCUUCCAAAGGCUUGGGCCCCACUGCGCCAUGACCUCGUGACCCGCAUCCCUCUGUGA